GAAGAAGAGUGAGAGAUGGCUUAUGUUGCUUUAACUUCUCUAAAGACAACAAUUGAGCUUCACUUUCUGCUGCAACCCAUCCCGAGAGUUUCUCUUCAUCAUCUUCAUCAUGUUCAAACACCACCCAUCAUCAAAUCUUUCCAUGAAAACCUUUCCUUUUUGGAGGCCUUUCUGGAAAUGAAAUCCAGUGCCGGUGGUGCUGCAAUCAAAUAUUUUGGAACCCUAAUAAGAGACUUCGCACUCAAAGUUGAAGAUGACAUCGAAAUACAGCUAAGCAACUUUGUUGUGGCCAAAGCCAAAGAAGACGCAAUGCAUAAAGAAGCAGCUUCCCAACAACUCUAUCAAAUAUUGCAACAAGCACAAGAAAAGACUGCAGAUGUGGUGGAGAUUAUCAACAGCGGAAAGAGACAGAAUGAUGAUUUAACUUAUCUCAAGAGAAUAAUAGAUCAUCAUCAUAUGAAGUCUAUACAAUCCAACGCGAGGAGAGUGGGUUAUGAUCAAAUUCAAACCCUAUUCAAAUCUCUCAUUCAAAGUCUUUCUUUUUUGCGAGGAUUUCUUUAUACAUCCAAACUUCGUGCUGCAAUCACCAGAGAUUUGGAAACCAAAAUAAGAGAUUUAGUUGUAGAUGACAUCGAGAUACAACUCAGCAGUUUUCUUCUGGCCAAAGACACAGUACACGAUGAAGAAGCUUUCCAAGAACUGUGUCAAACCUUGCAACAAGCAGAAGAGAAGAGGAUACUAGAGCUGGUGGAGAUCAUCAACAAAGAAAAGGAGAGACAGAAGACUUGGGAAUGUUGUGAUGAUUUAACUAAUAUCUUGACAAGAUUAAUGAAUGAUAAUUAUCUUAGGUCGUCGUCUUUGACCACACCCAGCUCAUGGGUGCCUCACUACGUUGAAACACCACUACAAUCUGUCCGUGAAAAUGUCUUUCCUUUGCAAGAAUUUGUACUGAAAUCCAAGUUUGGUGGAUCCGGAGCUGAAAUCCUCCAAAUCAGACACUUUGUACUCAAAGCUAAAGAAGACAUCGAAAAACAAUUUCGAAACUUUUGUGUGGCCAAAGAAGAGCAAAGCCUGCAAAAAGCUUGGGAACAAUUCAUUCAAACCUUGCAUCAAGUAAGAGAAAAUGCAGCACAGCUGUUGAGCACUCUCCACAACACAAGAAGCAAUGAUCCAAAGCUUGAGGAGGGCAGAAUAAUGGUGGGUCUUCAAAAUGACGUUAGUAUCAUAAAGAAUCAACUCUUCAGUCGCUUUCAUGGUGUCAAAGUAAUCCCAAUUAUUGGGAUGCCAGGCAUAGGGAAGACUACUUUAGCAAGAAAAAUCUUGGAAGAUCAAUCAAUUGCAUUGCAUUUCCAGGUACGAGGAUGGGUUACAGUCACUCAAAAUUACAAUGAGACCAAAGUGCUACGCGACCUUCUCCAGUCAAUUUCACCAAAUGAAAUUAUAAAGGAAGCCCCUCUUCGGGAGGAGGUUCGUGAAUGCUUGAAGGAAAAGAAGUAUCUAAUUGUUUUGGAUGACAUAUGGAGCACUCAACAUUGGGUUCAAUUAGAAGACUUAUUUUGCAAUUCUGCAGUGAAUGGAAGUUGCAUAGUGAAUGGAAGCUGCAUAUUGCUGACCACUAGAUUCUAUGGAGUGGCUGACUAUGCUUGCACAAUCAAAGGUACAUAUCAUCAUGUUAUGAAUUUACUAGAUCCAAAUGAAAGUUGGGAUCUAUUCUGCACUAUCUUUCCUCUUCAAAGGUAUAGGGCACUAAGUUUUAGAAAAUUCAGGAGUGACUUGUUCCAUGUUGUGGAAAUAUGUGAAGGAUUGCCACUGUCAAUUGUUGUAGUUGCAAAGCGCUUAUCUGAAUGCAAAGACAACAUACAACAUGAAUUGAAAAAGAUUGAAAAGGAAAUAGAAUUGUUGGGAAUUCUAGAUUAUAGUGCACUCGUUCUUAUGUACAAUCAGUUGCCAGAAUAUUUGAAAGGUUGUUUUCUAUAUCUUGGAGUCUUUCCAAAGCGCAGUGAAAUUCAAGUUAAAACACUUCUUAGGUUAUGGAUUGCUGAAUGAUUU